GGCUGCAGGUACAUCUUGCACCGUGUGGCGGAGGAUUUCGGAGUGAUAGUGACACUGGACCCCAAACCCAUGCCGGAGACUGGAACGGGGCUGGAGGCCACUGCAACUUCAGCACCUCCAGAAUUGGCUAGGAUGGCUCGUGCAGAUAUGGUCAUUGUGUGCUCGCUCCCGCUCACCAAAAAUACAUUCGCCUACUAUAAUUAUACUGGUCGAGGCUACCUUGAGGACAGACGGCCGUCCAGUAACAGUGAUCCCUACCUGGUGUGUGAGGCUCUGGUCCGUACUGCAGUCCUGGAUGACUGGACUGACUUUGACUGGACUAACUAGCUACCACUGAUUGUACACCAACUGAAAUCUCUGGUUUACUUUUUCACCAUUAGUUCUUUACGUCGUUGCAGUGGCAAGUAGCUAAUGACAUAAUAGCAC